AUGUCCCUGGCAGGUCUGCAAGGGCGGUUUUCCGCUCUGCAAGGGACCACCCACCAGCUAAGGGAGUUGAUCGACCAGCUCGCCCACGUCGAUUUCCAACCCGGCUCCGUGCCCCGGGGAACGGACGAAGAAAGCAGCGUGAGCGGCGAGUUGAGCGCGGAAAUCAGCCAACUGCUCCGAAACGCCCUCGACGAGCAGGAACUCCUCCGCGAAGAGGCCAAGUUUGUCCGGCCAGAGGACGACGACAAGACCACGUUGACGGACGCAGUCGACCGGCUUGGUGCCGAACUCGCCCGCUGCCGAGUCGACUUUCGAAAAGCCCGCCUGUCAGCACGGGAGUCCCUGAUAAGGGCGCAAAGACUAGAGCGGCAACUGCUCGUCCAGUCGUACUCCCUCCCCGUCUCCGCCUCCGUCUCCGAGCCAGAUAGCCCGCGGCCCGAGGCCGGGCCACCGCGCGCGGGCGAAGCUGUCCACGGGCCCCGGCGACACGUCGAGCAGCACCUGCACUCCAACCUCUCCCUCUCCGAGGACGAGCGGCGCACCGUCGGCGCGGGCAGCGACGUCACAGACGCGCUCCGCCGCACGCACGAUCUCAUCGCCGCGGAACUCUUUCGCAGCGAGUACGCGCACCAGACUCUCACCGAGUCUUCUGCUACGCUGAAACAGCUCGACGAGUCGUAUACGACCAUGGGUAGCAUGCUCGCCAGCUCGAGGGACUUGCUGGGCACUUUGCUGCGGUCGCAGAAGAGCGAUACCUGGUACUUGCAGACGGCCAUGUACAUGCUCAUGGCGACGGGUGCGUGGCUAUUAUUCAGGCGGCUCUUGUACGGGCCCAUGUGGUAUCUGGUCUGGCUGCCGCUGCGGAUCGUGUUUGGCGUGGGCUCCAAGGCCGGCGGCAUGAUGAUGCCGCGGGGAGCAGGGGAGUCCGGGAAAACAGGCGGCGUGGGGGAGACGUCAAAAGUCUCUGUAGGAGGCCUACCGAGAGAGGAUUUGCCGACGGCGCAGGUAAGACGGGCGAGGGAUGUGGGAGAGGGUGGUGGGGAUUCUGUGAUUGAAGAGGUCGCCAAGAUUGUAGACGAGGCCGACAAGUUGGGAAAUCUGGGGGGCCAGGGAAAUGGGCAUCUCAGGGACGCUGAGGAUCGUCCGAGAAAUCCCUUGAAGAGGGUUUGGGAGCCGGAGCCGGAGCCGGAGCCGGAUACGCAGCGCGAUGAAUUGUAA